AAGCGGUGGCUGUGAUUGGCUGCAGCCGGGUGGCCGUGAUGCGGUGAAGAUGGCGGCGGUGGGACAGUGCUCGGUCGCUGUCGAGAAGGAGCGCUGGCAGCCGCUGUCCUUCACGUACGUCGAAUAUCCCCCAGGUGACCUCACAGGAAAAGUUCUUGCAUAUUUAAGUCUUGUCCCAGUAUUUAUCCUCUUUGGUUUCAUCACACUCAUUGUGUUCAAGAGGGAGUUGCACUCUAUUUCAUUUCUGUGUGGUUUGGUACUAAAUGAAAGCUUCAACUGGGUAAUUAAAAAUGUUAUCAAAGAACCUAGACCAUGCCAAGGUGGCCACAGUAACUUGUUUACAGAGUAUGGGAUGCCCUCCAGUCAUUCCCAGUUCAUUUGGUUCUUUUCCAUCUACUCCCUCCUUUUCCUUUAUUUAAGAAUGCACCAAACAAACAAUGCUAGAUGUUUAGAUCUGUUGUGGAGGCACGUUUUAUCCAUAUGUCUGCUGGCUCUGGCCUUCCUUGUCUCGUAUAGUAGAGUCUAUUUGAUGUACCAUUCCUGGAGCCAAGUGAUAUAUGGAGUUAUAGCAGGUGCCAUCAUGGGAUCAGUCUGGUUUAUCUUUACACAAGAGGUACUAACACCGCUAUUCCCCAGGAUAGCUUCAUGGCCAGUCUCUGAAUUCUUCCUGAUACGGGACACAAGUCUGAUUCCAAACAUUCUGUGGUUUGAGUACACGGUUACAAGGUCAGAAGCACGAAACAGACAACGGAAGCUGGGGACCAAGAUGCAGUGAAGUGAAUUUGGCAUCUUUGCUGGGGGUGGGCCAGGACUGUGGAGUGAGCCCUGGAAGGAAAUGGAACAGAAACCAACAACAUGAAGAAACACAUUUUUAAAAAAAAGUUAAUUUUUUGUUUUUGCAGACAGUUGGGGCAAGCUGAGGCGUAUGCUGGCAGCCUAAACACCUCCCCCCCCCCCCGUGACAGCAGUCAGUGUUGACACAGCUUGCUGUUAGCUUUCUACUGCAUGUUAGACUCUUGUGAACGCUGGACUGAACCCGUUUAAACAAAACCCGUUCACAUGGUGUCGGUGAAAUGUGAUGUUAUUGCAUCUGUUUCAGGAAUUUGGUUUUUCAGUUUAGUAAGAGGUGGUAGGGAAGGAAUGGACCAAUGGUAGUGGUAUGAUAUUUUGCAAAAAAAAAAACACGUGGCAUUUCUACGCUACUGGCUUAUAAACAAAUGGUUAGAUUGGAAGACAGAGAUGUUGUUUGUGAAUUGUCAGUCAGGUAUCUGACUUGCUAGGAUCACAUCUGUAGCAGCAAGAGUGAACUAGAAGGAAUCAUGUUGCACUUUAGAAAAAUAAAUUAGUUUUUUACAUUGGAGAACACUAGUGAUGAGUGGAAAAACUGGUUUUUAUUUUUCUUGUCGGUUACAGUUACAACUAACAACUUGGCUGGUUUAAGAAAUCUUUCUAACUAAACAGCUAUUAGAACUAUUUUUUUUUUUCCCCAAAAUAAAUCCUUUUAUUUCAUCUUCUGGAUCAGUGAGAGUGAACCAAUUAUAAAUAAGGAUUGUCAAAACCUUUUGCUUGCACACGCUCUGUCUGUUGUUCUGUGAACUUUUUAUUCUGGUAGUUUUUAAUGUUUGAUCUUUGUCAAAAAGAUGGCCAUUUGUACAAGCUGCAAGUCAGGUGAUGUGCAUUUAGGAAUCUGGAGCCUGGGUUGUUGUUAAGCAAAUCUAGUCAGGUCUUGUAGUAGCAGUGGAAUAUUGGACGCAUGGGUUCUUUUGGAUUCCUCAUUGUCAGGCAAUGUUAGAUGACCUCACUUCAGCAAUUGCCUGUUGCAAAAAUUAGCAUCAAAUAGCUGCUUGCGGAAAGGUCGUGCAAUUGUUGGAUAUGGGAAUGUUUUAUUUUGGGGUUGAUGUUGGAUGCUUGCUUUUAUUCUGAGGUCAAAGUUUAUAACACUGAACUAAGGCGAGACCUCGUAUGUACUUGAUGUUACUUCAACAGCUACCACUACCCUGGCAUGAAAAGCACUUGUUUUCCUACCACACAGAUGUUGUUGGCUUUUGAUGGGAAUACAUGUGUGGCCAUCUCAAACUAAAUCUACCUGGGAAUACCCUUAGCUCCCCCCAUGCUUAGCUACAUUCCCAAAAUAACACAGUGACUUCUUACGUGGUGAUAUUACAGGAAGUAAAUUUUUCUGGGGACUAAUAAAUGUUUCUAUAUUCCAUUCAGCCCCUGAGCAACAAAAGCAUUGAUUGCACUGACCGGAGCAGUUGCUAGUGCAAGAUACAAACAUGAAACUCGCCAGGAUAUCCUUUGAAAUUUAACUUGAGAAUUUACACAAAGCAUUAAGCUAAUCUUAAUACCCAAGAAUGACUAAUGUAAUAACAAGUCUGUUCUUGAAUUCUGUUGUGGGAGGCUCAUGUGUGAAUGCUUAACAUUCACUUGCUAAUCCAGUGUGUUAAAUUGUAGAGAGGAGGAGCUUCAGGUUGUCUCAUAGUAUCUUAAUUUUAGUAACCUUGAAGGGGAUGUCAGGGCCUGCUUUAGUUGUCAGCUUAGUGGAAUGUUACUGCAGGAUGUACACAAGGGAUAGGAUAAAUAAAUUGGACCAAAUGGCAAGGGCUACUGUGGCGGAGCUGACCACAUUCCUGUUUCCUUUGAAGUAAAGCCACCAACCCCACCAUAUUGCAACAUAACAGUGCUGUGCUUCCCUGAGCCCUUUGCCCAUUUGGAUUGACCCAGGUUGUGAAGCCCAGUAUUGUACAGAGGAUGCAAGUUAUUUAGAGAUGGUUGUACUGGCGUUCUGAGAGAAUGUUGCAGUGACUGAAAUUACAGGGAAAUUACUUGAUCGUCCUGGUCAUUGCAAGUGAGAGAUUUUUUUUUAAAUCCAAGGCAAAUUAUUGAUGGUUUACUUGUUGUAAUUAGAUACAAUCACAAUUUUUAGUUUUUUAACAUUCCAUACACGAUUAUAAAAUGACUCCUGAUUUUUGGUUUUAGAUCUACUUUCUUGUAACAGAUUUCUUGUUUUAAAUAAAUGUUUGGAGUUGAAGAUACCUGAAAUUGUAUAAAACAGAAACCAUGCUAUAUAACAGAGUGCUUUUAUUUCUGUGUGGAUAGAGCGUAGACUUGAGUUCUAGAAAGCUGUGUGUUUUUUUUUCUUCAGUUGUAUAGGGAUAACAGUUGGACUUUGUGCACAAGACCUUAGUUUUUGCAGUUUCAUUGGUUGCCAGUGAAGGUGGUGAGCUUAAUUAAACUUGCCAAAUUUAUCACACCACAGGCUAAAGUUUGUUUUAAAUUCCAAAACUAUUUAAGAUUUUGGUUAGGAUUAGCAAAACUGUUCAGAUUGGGGAAGACAUUUCUGCAAAUCUGUAUACAGUAUUGGGUUCCCAGUUUACUUUAAUUUAUUGUUUAUAUAUAAUGUACUUUUUAAUGGUGCUUCUCUGCUUGCUAAUAAGUAAGCUCAAGUACAUUAAUUUCACACUAAAAUCAGAGAAAUAAAUCUAAACUUAAUGUCUAAUAGUUUUGUUUUAUGUUGAAGGUGGGGGAAUGAUAUUUCUGUAAAUAAAACCCCAAUGAUCUUAUAAUUGCCCAGGCCUGAUGUGACAAACUGGCUUUGUGCUGUAAUCAUUGACCUAAAACACGGAUCUGCGUCUGACGUGAAUGUCUGGAUGCAGCAUGAGUUUGUUGUACAGGAUUGUAACCAGCUCUUUUAAUCCUGAGCCCAGGCUAAAAGGAGAGUCCUGGGUCCAGUGCUGAGUUAACCACUGUCAAAUAGUACAAUGAUUGAUUUCUGCAGUUCUCAAAUUGACCAGAUGUUGCAGUUAUGAAGAAUGUUUAGAUGUGGAAACUGCCACUCAAUGGAAGCAUGCAACACACAUUUUUCAAUUCAAUUUGUAGUGACAGUAAGAGUCAGACUCUCCUGAAAUCUGUCACUAGUGCUCCCACUCUCCCCCUCUUAUAUCCAACAUGUAUUAAUUCAGUAUGGCAGUAUGUUAACAUUGAUUGCAUGUAACUCGGAAUCCUCUUGUGUCUACCGACUGGGGAAAAUGUACCUGUUCUCUUUAGCUUCACCCUCUUAACUCUGAAAAGCAACUGUCAGGCAUGUGAUAAAGGUGGUGUCUGAUUAUAUUCCUGUGCAAUUAGUGUGUUGGAAGUUUAAGUACUAGUUGAGUGUCUGUAGACCCUGCAUUGUUUCUGGUGGUUUCUCUUUACAAUUAGUGACCCUGAUCUUUUUCCUUUUGUGAGUUUAUAGCAGUUGCUAUUUUGUACUUAGAAAUAAUAGGGCUGGAAUCAUACCUGUCCCCCUGCACCAAAAUAAUAAGUGCAGCCAAAGUAUGGCAAUCCAAAUAGUUUUAAACGUAUCCACAAUCAUGUAGAUAUUGGCUAAAUACAGAACAGGGUGGUGAUCAGUGCUUUACAGAAAAUAACCACUGGUGUCUGAUGCUACUAACUGGGUGAUGAAUGGAGUUUUCUAUAUAUCACCGGUCAUCUUUAAAGGAAGUUUACCUAUAAAUUGGGUUUGCAAGCUCGCUCAGCUUUAUUGCAAAAAAGAUGCGAUUGUAGGGAAAUACUGAAUUGAGAACAGAAAAUGCUAGUAAUUCCAAUAUGUUUGUCAGCAUUUGACAGAUGAAUAACUGGCUGAUCUUCCAGCUUUGUGCUUAUGCUGCCUUUUCUCUUUUCAGAUUUCUAGCAGUUUCAGUAUGUAAAGUGUAUUUUGUCAAUAUUUAUUGAAGUGAGACAAUACUGAAACCUUCAGACUGCUGCUUUUUUUUAACCUUGUAAACCUUGCUGCUGGUUUGCCACAGGUUAGUGGUACAGUGCUGUCCCACCCUAUACAGACUGGCUCUGUAUCCCAUGGAAUAUUCCCAGUGUUCAUAGGUGUUGGAUCAGUAUUAAAACUGUGUUUCUCCACAGCCCAAUCAAAGUGCAGCUUUUUGUUUCCAUUUUUAAUAAAAAAAAUAAUUGUACAGGAUGAAACAAUUUAAUCUUAAAUGCAGGCAAAUUAUUUAAUGUUUGGGAGUUCAAUUCAGAGCAAAUAAUAUCCAGGACACUAUUGGGUAGGUUUUGCGAAUUCUGCAUUGUGGAGAGUAAUCCCACUAGCUCAGUGAGCAGUGCUUCAGGAACACAUAUGGGGAGGUGGAAAAGAAGAGGUUAAUAGUGGGGCCCCAUCAAAUUUUUCUUUAAAAAGAUUCGUAAAAUCUACCCUAGUCUGAUGUGACUUUUUUUUAAGCUGUGAUCAUUUCGAGUUGGUUGACUAACCAACUCCUCUCACUGACCUAGUGAGGCAUGUGUCUGCUAACUGUAUAUCUUCCUUUUUUGUCUCAACUUCAACAAUGUAGAUAUAAAAGUAAUUGCUAUUCAGGUACACAAUGAAGGGCUAUUUUGAAAAGUGCUUCCUCUAGAUGUAGCACGUUUUUGUAGACUGGCUUCUUGUAUUCUGUUAGUGUGGUGUUCACUAUGUGAUUGCCUUAUAUGGUGCACAGUAUCUUUUAAUGCUGUUUAUUGCUAUUUGUAAACUUUGUUUGAACUCUCGUGUUGUGGGAGAUGGAGGUUGGAAAAGGGGCCAUGGUUUGAUGACUAGUUGUAUCAUCUCUCUGUGUUUCGUGUCCAAGACUACUUUGAAUGUGUACAGAUCCUGGGAUGAAGCAGUCAAACAAAUGAAACAAACUGUUUAUAUUUACUUUAGAACCCAGUUGGAAAUAGAUCAGCUGGAACUUGGAGCUUGGGAAAGCAGCUUCUUACAUCGACCUCAGUGUCUUUGGGUGUUUCACACUUUAGUGAAGGGAUGAGCUCUUUUUGCUGCCAACACUCUGGGAUCUUGUCUCGAAUGGGUAUUUCUUUAAGGCGUCAGCCGUGGCUCGAAUGGUAGCACUCUUGCCACUUGAGUCAGAAGGCCAUGGGUUGAAGUCUCACUGCAGAGACUUGAACGCAGAAUCUUAGUCAACGCUUGGGGAGGGGUUGUCUUCCAGAUGAGACAUUAAACUGAGUUCUGCUUUGUCUUCUGAAGUAAUUCAUUGGCUGUAAAUAGUUUGGGAUGUCUAAUGUUGUGAUAUAAAAAUGUCUUUUAAAAAAUUUUCGUAUGUUUGUUUCAGUGUACGAUGUUAAAAGAUUACUACCUUACAAAGGGUGAUCGAGUCUAAGGUGAACCACACACCAUGUGAUACAUAUAUUUUCCAACCUUCUACAAUGCUGAGAUUAUCCUGGCUGAUAUACCAGAACCACUAGGUGCCUAUCUGUGCUAAGUCACCAGAGCAGUUCUCACACUCUUGUCUAAUAAGCAGAUAAGUACUGACCAUUCUGUGACAACAGUUAGCUGUUCAUUUGUUCAACCUGUAUUUGUACCAUGUAAUUUAAAGCCUUGGUGCCUGUUUUUCUAUUGCAUACUUCAGACUGAUUUUUAAAUGUGUGAACUUUGCAACAAGUAGAUAUCAGUGCAUUAGUCACGCAAAAUUAGCAUCCCAGUUGUGGCAAAACAAAUUAAUAUUCCAUCUCCAUAGAGUGUAAGUGUUUUUAAAUGAGUGGCCUCUGUGCUGUGAAUAUAAUGGAGUGUGCCCCCACCUGCAUGUCUAUGGUUGGGGGCUGGUGUCCUAUCUAUCUGCACACGGGUCUUAGACAAACUGAUCCAGGAGACCGUUUGGUUUUACAGCAGGUCACUGGAGUCUGUGUGCAAUCUAAGUAUCUAGUGAAAUAGUUCAUCUUUUAAAGCAAAAGAGGGAUGGCUUUCCACGAGAAGGUGUUGAGCAGGAUUGAUGGUUUAAGUAAUUUACAGGCACCAGUCAUUCUUGGUGAUCGAAUCUUCCUGUAGUUUUGAGCUGCUGCAGUAUAUAUCCCAGGCUAAUGUUUGUUUUGGCCGUCAGUUAGUGCAUGAUUUUGGCCUAAAUUGUUGUGGAAAAUGAAUUGACUAGAUGCCCACUAAGCUUUUGCCCACCUGGUUUGUUCCACUGGCUGAAAGAGUGGGACACUGUGGCUUGAUGCUGUAUCUGUGCAACUAUCAAAAGAACUUUAGUUAGUGCUAACAGUGCUCCAGUUAAAGGGAACUGGGUGAAUUGUUUACUCAGAAUCUUAUAGCAUUUGAAUGCAUUUGGCCCUUUACCUUUUUUGUUUGUGGUGUCACUGGCCAACAGUUAUUGCCCAGAAGGCAGAUUGGAAUCACCGACAUGUAGGCCAGACCAGGUAAGGAUAGCAGAUUUCCUCCUUUAAAGGACAUCAGAGAACCUAUUACAUUUUUAUAAUUUAGUUAAAACCACACACUUUCAUUCCAGAAUUUUUUUGAAUUCAGAUUCCACUAUCUGCUGUGCUAGGAUUCAAAACCAUGUGCCCAAGAGUCUAGAUGUGUCCUUUAGUGACUAACCCCAAUUUUAAACAUCAUUCUUAACUUCUCUCUGCUUGUAAGAAAUAUCUCACAUCUUUCUUAAUGAUAGGAGACCUUCAUACCUACUAUAAUUCUAGUAAACUUCCACCACACCUUCUCCAAAAAACUCAGUCCAACUGAUUCGGCUGGAAUCAAGCACAGAGUCUGUGCUCUUCGUCUCUUAGAGCUGAUUAAUGUAUCAGAAAUCUAAUCAAACAAGCCUGAAGGUUUACUUGUUUGGGAAAUGGAAGUGUCACAUUGAACUAUUUUGAUUAAGGCACACUAUUACUGCAUUAGGAAGAGCUUGAUGAGGAGUUAGAUGCCUAUAAACUGGAAAAUCUUCCCAUAUUCCAUGUAACAUCCGUCAUUACAAAAAGGCUGUUUGAGCAGUAGAAUCAUAGCCUCUCUCUUCAAAAUUACGUUUUUUUUUUAGAAGUAUGGUUCACACAUCUAAACUGAUUCUUAAACAUUUAAUAUAGAACAAUUGGCUUCAAACUUUCUCAGCAGGGAGGAGGUGGGCCAACUGUACAAUUCCUCUGCCAUUGGGUAAGAGUAAGCUGUUGUCUAGUUUGGAAUUUGGUGGUUUUAAACUGUGUGUAAAGCUGGCUGAAUACCUCUGUGUAAGGAAUUAACAAAGGAAAUGUGCAUCAAUGUUCUAAUUGUAAUUUACUGGAAAUAUAAUGCUUGCCUACCA